CCAGCCCCGCCAGCUCACACUCACUACCCAAUUCGUAAGCCCACCUUAGUACAUACAUAGUCACGCCUCGUGCCGCUGCGCUGCGUCCUGCGUUUGUUUGAGUCCAGCCUUUGCUUUGCUCGAGCUCCAGGCUACGUAGCAUUCGUUCAACCUGCGUAGCGUUCCUUCGCUUUUAACUAUGCGGAACGUUUGGUCAUUGCUGGCCGUUGCCGGCUUGGUCGUUGCUCAAGGUGAAUACGGAGGCUCAUCAUCUACCAUUGCUUCCUCGCCUGAUGGCUACGUGGUGCCUUCUUCAACGCCCAGUGCCAGUGCGACGCCGUCGCCAACCUCACAACCUCCCCCGAAUGUAUCUUACUCUGAGGGAGGCUACGCGACCGAGGCUACGACUCCUGGAUAUGUCGCUUCUCCUCCCCCUGGGUACGAGACGUGCGCGCCGGUGACAAUUAUUACUACAACCACAAGGACACCCAAGCCUGUCACCAUCACUUCCACGACAACGAGGACUCCAAAGCCAGUGACCAACACCGUCACAACCACCCAAACACCGAAGCCGGUCACAAUAACGACUACAAAGACGAAGCCGGUCCUUAGUACUCUUACCCAGACCAAGUGGAGCACAACGACUUUCUUCGAUACCGUCACUUUCUGGAGAAACUCCACCACGACCUCGACCGAAACUACUACAUGCACUGAGACUGAAACGACGACUGUUGAUCACACAACGGUGGACCUCGCGACGUCCGUCUUCACUAGCUUUAGCUACAUUACGUCAACCUCCACCUCGUAUAUCACCUCGUGGUACUCAACGACAUUCUCUGAGACCAUCACCUCGUGGAUCUCCACUGUCAUCACAGUCCCAGUGACAAUUGUAGAGACCCUCAGUAUCCCAUACACUGUAACCGACGUGCACACCACUUCGGUGCCUUACACUGUCGAGACUACCGUACCCGGACCUACCCUGACGGUUCCUGGCCCUACUGAGACCGUCGUUGGACCUACACAGACCGUUCCUGGGCCUACUUCUUUCGUCACUGACGUCGAAACUUCAAUCAUCACAGACGUUGUGACUUCAAUUGUUACUGAUGUAUCUACCGAAACCGUCACUAGCACGACGAUCAGCACGAUCCUGAGCACGAUCACGCUCCCGCCCGAGACAGUGACGACGACCUUCACUCUCCCCGGUACCACGGAAACCAUCACUCUCCCCGGCACCACGGAGACCAUCACGCUCCCCCCUACCACGGAGACCGUCACUACGACCUUGCCAGCUGUCACCACUGUGUCGACCAUCUUCUCGACUGUCACGUUCACCUCCCUGCAGCCAACAACUGUCCUCGUCCCGACAACGUUUGUCACUACGAGCCCGACAACAAUUAUCACAACAGUUCCGACUACGAUUGACCGUACCAUCACACCGUCAUCGUCCUCCCCAGGAUCUGUCUUGUGCUCCAGGCAAUGUCUCAUCGAUGUCACAGCUAGUUUGGUGGCCUACCCAUUCGCUGUCACCACUCAGACGUCGCUCGUCACCCUCACCACUGUGAACUACUACACAGAUGAAGGUGGCUCGCUAGUAGGCUCAUCUACGACUAUAGGCCAGCUUGGGCCGACCUCGGAAUUGACAUGGACGCACAAGGGGAACACCCUUACUUAUCCGACUACGUACGCUGCCUACGAGACGUUCUCGCAUCUGGAGGUCACUGCCAUUGCCUCGACCUGCUUUACUCAAACCUCGAUCUUGUCUGGCAUAGAAACUACUGCUAACCCCACUUUGCUUGUGCCCAUUGCACAGAUCACCGACUCUUCCUCUGUUCCGCCGAUUGUCGUGGAUUAUCUGAAUUCCAACACUGCUGUCGCUUCACAAAUUGGUCAGACUAUCGACACUGGGGCUUGUGAUCCUAUUGUUGGAGGCCCUGCGACUCCGACACCCACCGUUACUGGUACUAUUACCACCUACGCAUCCCGAGACUCUUUGGAGACUGAGGUCAAUACUGUACCGGCCUUCUCACAAAUUGUCACCUCAACCGCAUCCCAAGCUCCUCCCACGACUAUUAUCUCGACUGCGCCAGCACCGCCUCAAUCGACAGUCGUAUCAGUGGAACAGCCAACUGUCACCGUCACACCCACGGUCGUGACCUCCACCGCGGAGCCUACAACGGUCACCGCACCGGUCCCCAGCAGCUCCGUGUCAUCGUUUUCGGAGGCCCCCUCCGAAUCCCCUUCAGAGACUCCCGAAUCCUCCACGCAGGCGCCAAGCACCUCGGAGGUCAUUCCCUCGAGCACAGAAGAGAUUUCUUCUCCUCCGGCGUACACGCCUCCGCAGUAUACAACGAGCUUCUCCAAGACAACAACCGCCGCAAACACCACCAGCUACGGCACCGCGCCGCAGUCCAGCGCAAGCCAGCCGGCGUACUUCCCUGGCGCCGCAGCCAAGAUUUCCAAUGGGUUGGGUAGCGUGGCAGCCGGGUUGCUCGGUGCCGCGGGUGUCGGGUUGGGACUGAUAUGAUGAGGAGGGUGUGGGAUUCGGAUAAUUUUAAUGUUUGAUGCUUUAAUGAAAAGGAAAUGGAAUCGACGGCAAUGUAUGCUACGCUUCUGAUGGUGGGCUUAAUGAUAUUCCGAGAGAGUUGGAGAGUGAUCUCAUCGCUUUG